AUGGAGGCCGACAGAAUAUCCCAGCUGCCAAUACCUAUACUUCACAACAUAGUAUGUUUCAUCUCCCAGAAAGAAGCUGUGAGAACUUGUCUACUGUCCAAAAAAUGGCGCCACAUAGGAUUAACCCGCCCCAACCUCGAAUUUUUCGAAGAAUGGUUCGACGACACAGAAGAAAAGUUUAUCUCCGUCAAGUGCUCCAUAGGAUCAACUCUCCCCAACCUCAACUCUUCUUCUGAAAAAUUGGUCAACAUUACACAAGAAAAGUUUGUCCCUGUCGUCGACCGAACUCUACAACGUUGCAAUGAUCAAAACCGCUCCAUACUGCACCGCAUUCUCUCUUUCCUCCUCUGCAGGUCAUGGCGCCACAAAGGAUCAGGUCGCCUCAGCCUCGACUCUUCCGAAAUAUUGUUUAACACUACGCACCAAAACACUGUCUCUGUCAACUCCUUCCCCACAGGAUCAACUCGCCCCAACCUCGAGUCUACCGAAAUUUUAUUCAACAGUACACCACAAGACUUUGUCUCCGUAGUCAACCGAACCCUACAAGGUUACCUUGAUCAGAACCUCUCCAUACACAAACUCCAUCUCGACUUAUCGAGGGCCGUCUCAAGACCGGUCAUCUCCCUACUCGACAAAUGGAUCCCGAUAAUAGCCACGCUCGACAUAAAAGUGUUUGAACUCAACUUUCUUUCAUAUACUCCUGCGUAUUACGAUCUGCCUUCGGCAGUGUUCUUAGCCGAGUCCCUCGAAGAAUUACACCUGUACAAAUGCAGGCUGAGCCCGAUCGAGAGUGUGCGGUUCAAAAGUUUGCGCAAGCUCACCCUCAAACAGGUCCAAGUUGAUGGCGGGACUUUCAACACGAAAAUGUUGGGCUGCCCUUUGCUCAGUGUGAUCCUGUCGAGCGAGUCGUUCGACCUGUUCUCGUUCGGUUGCCCAACACUUGCGAUCUUGACCCUAGAUAAUUGCUCCGGUUUCGAAGAAUUCCAUCUUGCAAGUGAUUCAGUCAACUGGUUGAGAAUCGCGACAAGCGAGACACCGCUUAAAGGAGUUACGAUUUGUGCCCCGAACAUUCUCAAAUUUACGUUCACUGCCCGUAUUCCCCAGGUGCCGGACACAUUCUCUUUCACGACCACUACUUCCAUGAAGUGGUUCUCACAAGUAUUCUUCUCUUCGUGUGAGGAUGAUCCCGAUUUUGACGCCAAUUCGUGGUUCCUUGAGCUGAGACGAUUGCUCAAGGCACUAAGUGGGUCUGAUAUUUCUCUGUAUCUGGAGAUGGGCGGCGGCCCUCAGGAUGUCUCCUGUAGUGCUGUUCUCGGUGAUGAGCUGCCUGUGGUAGUGUGGAGCUUGAAGUUUUAUACUUGUAAAUGCCGCACGGCGUCUUGGUACUUGGAGUUUGCGAAUGCCUUGUUUCUUGUUUGCCGACCGAGUCGUGUAUGGGGUGAUAGACUUGUGAGCGAGUCAGACAGGAAGUACUACAGGCUCUCGGAGUUUCAGUUAAACAUCUUGCUUGCGUACAAGAACGUCGAUUUGGAGGAAGUUCACGUCGAUGGGCAGCUCGUGCAGUGGACAGACAUGUUGGAAUUGCGAAACAAGACAUAUGACGAACAAAUAUGGCUCGAGUUGAAAUGGAGAGGUCAGACAGGAAAGUAUGGCUUCUGUUGA